AGGCAUCACGCACGCAACGUGUUAAUGAUUACUAAGCAACCGUAUCGAAUACGGCCAUGUUGAUUUGCCAGCUGUAUAAAGGCACUUCAUUCAUGUUCGCUCGGAAACGUCCUUGUUAAUAAUGAACAUCCACUCAGUGUUUAAUGUAACGUAGGUGCUGAUAGGCAGCUUUGGCAUUGCACUGUUGCGCAGCUCUGAGGUCAGCUGGUCGCCGCUCACUAACCACAGAUGUGAGUGAGUUGUAGGAACAUGCAUUUUGACAACGGCGCAAAACCACCAUGGUAGACAGGAUAUCGACCAGAAUGAGAAUGAGAAAAGUGCACAUCAUUUAAUAACAGGGAUUAUCUGAAGAAGCGCUUGGGAAUACUGUGGGGGAUCCGCUGCUGCUCUCACACUCCUGGACACGGCCGAAACCAGCUCGUCCUGCUGGAUCCAGAUUGUCGAUUUUUUCUCCACAUUUUCACGUUUCCUGGCGCUCGAAGAUUGGGAAUAUAUGAUGAAGUUUAAGCCAAAUCAGACGAGGACUUACGAUGGCGAGGGGUUCAAGAGACGAGCGGCGUGUUUGUGUUUCAAGAACGAAAAAGAGGACGAGGUGCUACUGGUGAGCAGCAGUCGUCAUCCAGACCAGUGGAUUGUGCCAGGAGGAGGAAUGGAGCCUGAGGAGGAGCCAUGCGGGGCCGCUGUCAGGGAAGUGUAUGAGGAGGCUGGUGUGAAGGGAAAACUUGGCAGGCUCCUCGGGGUGUUUGAGCACAACCAAGACAGAAAGCACAGGACGUACGUCUAUAUCCUCAUUGUGACAGAGACAUUGGAAGACUGGGAGGACUCUGUCAACAUAGGAAGGAAACGGAAGUGGUUCAAGGUUGAUGAAGCCAUCAGGGUGCUGCAGAGCCACAAGCCUGUCCAUGCAGAGUACCUGCGCAGACUCACAAACACCUGUAACCCCACCUGCAGUCCUGCCUGCAGCCCGACGAAUGGAAACACCCCGGGCUCUCCGGUGACGGACAACAACGCCCCUCACUAUGUUUGCUCCACACAGGGCUCAGAUCUGGUCAACAGAUAGGACCGUCAGGAAACAGUCUGCCUGAAAGAGGACUCUAGAGUGGACACAUCUACUGAAAAACAAAAGGACAUUUGCAUGAGUUACAUUACUAACGCAGUCUCUUAAUAUGUACAGUAUGGACUUCCUACAGUUGAACCCAUUUCAGGUGGGCUUGAAGAGUGCCAAAAUGUUUUCCAAGUAUAUUUAGUAUUUUUUAUGUAUAUUUUUUAACAACCAUCACCAGCUAAUAGAGCAAACAUGUCCCUUUAAGGCUUACUGCUUUGAAGGGAUUCUCUCAGUGUGCUGCUUAUGCAAUGUAAAGGUCCUUUUCAGUCUUACAUGCUGAAUGAUACUUGAUUGGUAGUGCACACAGUAUUUUGGGUGGUUUCCUUGAGACCAGCAGAGGGAAGUGUUGGAAAGGAAGUCAUCCCCCCACGGUGACUCACUGCCAAAUAAUGUCCAUCUACAGCACAGUUUGGAGAGAGGUAGCCACAUGUGUACGAAUAUUGUGUUACAAUUCUUUUUUUCUCUUUCUAGUGAAUUGUAUUGACACUUCUGGUGUCAGUCAAAACUACUGAUUUUUUUUUUUUUUUUUUUUUAGGACUACAGAUGUUAAACUGCUCUCAUAUCACCGAAGCUCCAAUCCUUGUGACAAAUUUUCCAAACAAAAACAAAAACAAAAAAAAAAAAAGAAGAGAGCUAGGUGAUGUGAGAAAUAGGAAGUGUUGCUUUCCUGUAGUUGCUACCUUUACCAGUACACAUCCUCUCUAAUCAGCACCAUUUUCCCUUUU